CAACACUACAAAUACCCUUCCCAUUCUUCCUAGCUACCUUGCAUAAUUAAAUCUCUUCUAUCUUCAUCUUGAUAAAUAAAAGUUAAUAAUAUCAUGAAGGAGAACUCAUCCAAGAAAUUGGAAAAAACCUACUUUGAUGUUUUAGGACUUUGUUGCUCAUCCGAGGUGCCGCUGAUUGACAAAAUCUUACGACCGAUUGAAGGUGUUUACGAUGUUUCUGUCAUCGUUCCAUCGCGGACUGUCAUCGUCAUUCAUGAUCCGCUCCUGGUUUCUUCUCUUCAAAUUGUUAAGGCGCUAAACCAAGCACGAUUAGAAGCAAAUGUGAGAGUAAAAGGAGAUACAAACUACAGAAACAAAUGGCCAAGCCCAUUUGCAGUGGCUUGUGGUGCAUUGCUUUUGUUAUCGUUUUUGAGUUAUGUUUUUCCACCUUUCAAAUGGUUGGCACUCGGAGCUGUUGCCAUUGGCAUUGUUCCCAUCGUUUUGAAAUCUUUUGCGUCAUUACGUAAUUGUAGGCUCGACGUAAACACCCUCAUGCUCAUUGCAGGUAACUUAUUGUGAAAGAAAUAGAAGCCUGCUAUGAAGCACUGAAGGCUUAAAUAAAGUGGCUAUAAAUACUUGAAUAAAAGAAGAAAUUUAUAUUUUAUUUAUUAGGGUUUAUCUCUAUAAAAACAUUUGCAUGGAAUAUGGGUUUUAGCCCAUUUGUUUAAUAUUAAAAAUUUGGUGUUUUACAAACUCUGAAAUUAUUUCCUAACUACGAUCCAGAUGAAAUUUUUUUCCGCUGCAUAUUUAA